AAAUUUUUCUAUCUUGUCAUUUCCCUAUCUUCAAGCUAGGGCACCAUUUUUUAUUUCCAUUUCUUCGAACUUCAUACUCUCCAUUUCUUCAAGCUUCAUACUCUCUAUUUCCGAUUUCCAUUUGUUUAAGCUACGCAGAUCAUCCUCUUGAUAGCUCUUUGUUACUUCAAAUAGUCCCCACCAUGCUUCAACGCUUUGACCUCGUGUCCAUGUAUGAAGCAUCCCUCUGCUAGCUCUGUAGCUCGUCUUAUCGCCAUAACCAUAGGUUCAAGGAAAUCCAAAGCUUAUUGCGAUGGGGGAUUUCUCGGUUUCUAGCCUCAAUUCAGAACUUAUAUCUGUAGCUGCAGCUGAAAGGAAGUUGGUGUUCAAAGAAGGUAUAGAGGAAAGAUUAUGUGCAUAUUCUCCGACUGUCGCUCAUCACUUCCCAACGACAGUAAAAGAGGUACGAUUUAAAGUCGAAGGUCACGAAGCUUCAGUAUUGCUUCAAAUUCACCGAUCUUAUAAUAGUUGGAGAUAUAGUUUAAAGAAAAAUUGGUUGUUGAAAUAUGAUAUAAUUACAAAAGCUUUAGCAAAUAUUCUACCAGAAAUUACAAGAGAAGAUGCAUAAUAUCUUGCAAAGUUAUGGAAGUCAACUGAAGAUCAUGUUGAUUCUAAUAUCUUUUUCUUGUACAUAAAAAAAGUUGUGCUUAAUAAGAAA